CCUCAGCCCAAUUUGACAUCAUUUAAACCUACCACGGCCCCGCCACGUAUGAAAACAUGACUCCCCCAAAGCGCGCUCUCUUCUCUCUGAACAUCAGCUCAAACGCCGAUCACAUCUACCAACGUGUCGAAGACCGCAACACAGACGGAAAAGACCGUGUCCAAGUUCGCGAGCACAACGACCCUCUAGUCGGACAGACCAACCUCGAGAUCCUGACACGCCCUUUCGAGAAGGAAGUCAAGAGAUCCGUAGAACGAAUCGUAGACGGACGCGUAGUCACAGACACGAAGAUCGAACGUAGCGGCUCAGGCAAUAAGCACGUUUCCAACAAAGUCGAAGACAAAUACGACACCAGCGAUCUCUAGAUCACUCCACCACCUACCAGCAAUAUGUCUGAACACAAGCCCUUCCGCAUCGCCAUCGGCUGCGACGAGGCCGGCGUCUCCUACAAGAAAGCCAUCAUCCAAGACCUCGAGAAGGACUCCCGCGUCGAGUCCGUCACCGACGUAGGCGUCCCCGAGUCCGCCGACAAGACCGCCUACCCACACGUCGCCGUCGACGCCGCGCAGCUCGUCCAGCAGGGCAAAGCCGACCGCGCGAUCCUGAUCUGCGGCACCGGUCUCGGCGUCGCCAUCGCCGCCAACAAGGUGCCCGGCAUCCGGGCCGUCACCGCGCACGACAGCUUCAGCGUCGAGCGUUCCAUCCUCAGCAACGACUGCCAGGUCCUCUGCAUGGGCGAGCGCGUCAUCGGAAAGGAGCUUGCCAGGCGGUUGGCGAAAGAGUGGUUGGGGUACCACUUCGAUCAGACGUGUGCGAGCGCCGCGAAGGUGCAGGCUAUCACUGACCACGAGAGGAAGAACUAUGCCGCGUUGAUCAAAGACCAGGGAAAGACGGGGAGCUGUUAGGCGGAUCUGACCAAGGGCAGCUUGCAUAGAAAAUAUAUCAUCAUAGCGUGUUGUUAGGAAAAUAUAAAAUCGGUUUCAUUUUA